CGCAGAGGGGCCCUCGAGGAGCCCAAGACCGGCCCUCGAGGCCCCCUCCGUAGCCUCUUUGCCUCAAGCCCCCCCUGGCUCGAUCGUCACUGGGCCCAGCGGCCGGAUCCUCCCCGCCGCUUUCGGCCCGGGAGCCCCGGCCGGCCAGGGGCGGCCCCCCCGGGGGAACGAGCGCCCCCCUCCCGCGCAGCAGGCGAGAGCCGGCCGACAGCGGCCCACGGAGCUGCGUACCGAGGAGCGGGCCCGGGGCCCCGUCCACGGCGCCACCGGCCUCACAGCCGGGUGGGGCCAUGUCUGGGCGGUCCGCGGCGGGUCCCGAGGUGUCGUCGGUGGUCUCGGAGGCGCUGGCGCCCGGCGUUGACAAGAGCCCCGGCUCUGGGACGACCGCUCGCGGCAGCCAGCUGUCCGCAGGGCUCGCGGGCGCUCGGGACUGCCCAUCGGAGGCGCCUUCGUCUCUGGCGGGCAACAUCUCCGAGUCAGAGUUCGUAUCCUCUGUCGGCAGCGUCGAUUCAGUGUCCACGGGCCGCAGCGUAUCGAACGGCAGCAGCAUAUUAGUCUCCAAAAUCUCGGACGGCCGCAGGAUUGGACACGGAAUGACCGACGAGCAGUUGAUGGAGCUGGUUCCGAGGAGCGUUGAUGGCGAUGCGAUGUCCCUGGGGAGCGUGGGGCACGAGAUCGGCAGAUGCAACGCCCCUUGCGUGUACGCCCAGACUCCGCGUGCUCGGUGCCCGUCGGGGCUGCGAUGUAACUUCUGCCACUUCCCUCACACGCCGGGCCGCAAUCCCGCUAGGUUGCCCAGGAGACUGUCCGAUAGCUCGCCGAACGGUGCUUCCGAGCCGACGCUGUCGAUCUAGCCUCGAUGGGCGGCGGAGUGAUGAUCAGGGGCCGCGUUUCAGACAAAGCCUGGCCCGGCGUUGCUUGGCGCUGCACCUGCACCCCACGGCUUGCUGGGCAGUGCUAUCUGGGCCUGCUCCAGACGGGAGUGUCCAUGCCGGGGGUCGGGUCGUGAGACUUAGUGAGGCGCUUGGUUGCGGCGCAAACAGCGCAUAGGAGUAGUCCGCCUUAGUCUCAACGCCCAGCCCGCCUUGUCCUGCGCGGCCUCGUCUUCUCCCCGUUGUGGUUGAGAUAUGGUUGUUUGUGUAUAGGAGUUUGCGGCGCUGCGUUUCGGCAUUGCGACGGUAGGCUGGCGGAGGGAAGGCAUCAUCAUCGGUUGGGGGAGCAUUCGGUUGAACGCGCCACGAUGUGUAUUCUGAUUGCGCGAAGUUUUGCCAGAGUUGCAGCCGGUGUUCAGUAUUGAACUGCACGUUGCAAUUUUUUGCCCAGUUCCAAUCGACCACAGACAUCAGCAGCCACAACGUGAAUUUGGAGGUGACGUUAAGAGGUGGCUUGCCGCAAGUCGGCGCCUCGCCAGUGACAAUACUCUCCAAGAAACCCCCAGGAGUCCCCCAAGACGCGACAAACAAUCCUUGUAACUCUGGCUGUUGAGAAGAGUUUGCGGUUCCUGCCUUUUCUCUUUCAUUAGAGCCCCGUGCGGCCGGAGAAGUUAUGAAUGUCCUGUCGCAGGGGACGGCCCUUGGCCCUGGCAUUUCACUGUUUCGAACGGCUUGCGACUCGCAGCCAACAGCUUGGAUCUUCCCAGUUAGGUGGGUUGCCAUCUGUCUGGUUUAUGCCAUGGUUUGGUGCAGCCACCCAAAAUUACAGAAGGGCGGCUCUUGGCCCUUGUACGAUUAGCACUGGAGUUCCCCACUGACAUUGUGCUGCACAUGAGAAGGAAAGGGCCAGCCGAGACCACUGUAGAACCUCGUUCUCAGAUCCACCAUUUGCGAGGUUCCCUCUUCCUCAUCUUCCUCGUUUUCCCCCUCCUCGCCUCGAUGGUUGGAACCCGACGCUGGUCCGUGAUCUCGCUAUCCCCCGGCUUCUCCCCUUCGCCACCCGCAGUCGUCGGCCGAGUUUUUUGCAACGUGUACUUGGCAGGCGCUCCUUCGGCCGGGGCCUGCUGACAGGCAAUGCCCUGCUCCAGCUGCCGGUCGCGCUGCCUGACGUGCCAUAUCAGGUAGCUCAAGUCGUACGCACUCAAGUUUGCAGUAUGUGGCUACCAAUUUGCACGUGUCCCGCGCCGCCUUUCGCUGGCGGUGCCCUGGUCUGUCUGCGCUCGUCCAACGUGCGCUUGGGAGAAGCAAAGCGGCCCUCGAGGCCCCGAAGGCGCCCCCCAAGACCGUCCCAAGAGGGUUC